AAAAAUCACUUCGUCACGAUCGGCUAUGUUUUUUGUUUGCAUUUGGCUCAGUGCACCUGCAACGCUUUGAGGUCAUAAGUUGGACAUUUCAACUGGGAAAUUUCCGACCUUAAACUUUGACUGUUACGCAACUUUGGGAAAAGGGAAUUCCCUCUCUUUACAUAUCCAAGCCAUAGACUGUAUAAGCGCAGAAGUGAACGACUAUUGAAAGAUACCUGUGCAGGUUUCAAAUCCCUCCACCACUCUCCAGCAGGAAGGUUCAAGAAAAACAAGUACAUUUCCAGGACAACAAUGAGGGCUGCUGUUGUUGGUUUGCUGCUGCUGCUGCUCGGUCUGUGUGGGUCAGGAGCUCAGGGGGAGGUUCAGGACACCGUUCAGACCGCAAAGCAAAACACACCUGACAUCUGGGCGGAGAUCAGGGCUCUAAGAGUUAUGUUGGUGGAGCUCAAGAAAGAGAAUUCGGACUUGCAGUCCAGAGUGAGCAGCAGUGAGAGUGAACUUCUCCUGAGCAAGUCCAGGAUUGAGCAGCUGGAGAUGGAAAAAGGAGAGAGACCAAAGGUGGCCUUCUUCACAUCUCUGCUCAAUAAUGGAUCGGCGUAUGUUGGACCAUACAACACAGACAUCACGCUGAAAUACAACAAAGUCUUCACCAACUUUGGCGACGCUUACAAUCCAGCUACAGGUUUCUUCACAGCACCAGUCAGAGGAGUAUACUACUUCCAGUUCACUAUGUGUGGUCAUCGCACAGGUUACAUGGGUGUACAUGUGUACAAGAACAACCAGAGGAUCAUGUAUAAUUUGGAGAACAAGGAAGAAGAGGGUUAUGAGUAUAUGACUAACUCUGUUGUCUUGGAGCUGAUGGCAGGAGAUGAAAUCCACCUGGUUCUCCCAAAGACCUUUUCUCUCUAUGAGAACGAAUACAGCCAGAACACGUUCAGUGGCUCACUCCUCUUCACACUGUGAGGAAGUCCUUUAGGCUGCUGUGUGACUCAUUAUUGGCUACACUGUGAUUUACUGCAUGUGUCAAAUAAUGCAAUUCUGCAAUAACUAUGAAAUAAUCAGAAAAUAACAUUUUAUCCCACUGAUUCACCACUUUGUUCUCACUAACAGUGGUGCCUCACCUCAGAGGAGACCUAACAUAUCAGUCUUUAACAUGUAAUAAUUAAUGGUAAUUCUCUUCCAAUUCUCAUUUUAGCCUUCAUUUAAAUCAAGUUUGCUUCAUAGAUGAAAGGAUUUCUGUUCUGAAACCUGUUUGCUGUUGUCUCCAGGCAGACAAACAUUAACAAUUCCAUUUCGAACAUAGACUGUAUAUAUGGAAAUAUAUAUGUGCGUGUACAAAUUGUGUUUGUGUUUGUACAAAUAAAUAAAUAAAUGCAUUUUUAGCA